AUGGCUAGUCCACGUAGUCGAUCAAUUCUUAAAGAUAUAAAAUUAAAAGAGGAUAAUAAUACUUGUUUUGAAUGUGGAGCAUUGAAUCCUCAAUGGGCAUCAGUUUCAUACGGUAUUUGUAUUUGUCUUGAAUGUUCUGGUAAACAUCGUGGAUUAGGUGUUCAUUUAUCAUUUGUUCGAUCAAUUACAAUGGAUAAAUGGAAAGAACUUGAACUAGAAAAAAUGAAAGUUGGUGGAAAUCGUCGAGCAAAAGAAUUUCUUGCAAGUCAACCUGACUAUGAUGCAAAUACGAUGAAUUUUCAACAACGUUAUAAUUCACGUGCUGCUGCACUUUAUCGAGAUAAAAUAAGUACAGAAGCACGAGGUGAAACUUGGAAUAUUGAUGCAUCACCAGCACAAAAUCAUACAUCUAUUUAUACAUCAUUAUCUUCUGAAAAACCAACAAAACAAACUUCGUCAGAUUGGACAGAUUUUAAAUCAUCAGAUGAUCAAAAUGAAGAUUAUGGUGGUUAUCAAAAUAAGAAUUCAAAUGAACAACAUCCUUCAGGUCUUGGUAGUGGUAAUCCAAAAUAUUGGGGUUUUGGAAAUACAAAUAAUGAUACAUCAACUCAACAACAAUCAUCAAAUCCAGAAUUAUUAGCUUCAUCAAUUUCAAAUAUAAGUGCUAAUGCUGUUAAAUGGGCUGAUGUUGCUAAAACUUCUGUUUUUAAAUUUUCGAAAACUGCAGCUGAUAAAGCCACUGAAUUAACAUCAAAAGUAAGUGAACAAGCAAAAGAUGGAACAUUAAUGACUAAUGUACAAUCCGGUGUAACAAAUAUGGCAUCAACAAUGGGAAAAUUAGGUACAAAAACAUGGUUUGACGUGCAAUCAUUAUGGUCAGGAAAAGAUAAUCCUGCAAAACCUCGUGAUAAACAAGAUUAUUCGAAUAUGAAUGAUGCAUCUUCUGCAUAUCAGCAAUCAUCAGGAGAAAUUGAAAAUCAUAAUUCUGGCUAUCAGAAUAUGUCAACUAAUGUAUCAAAUCUUUCUCAACAACAAUCAAAAUCAAAUAGUAAACUUGCAACCGGUGAUAGAAAUGAAUCUAUACAAGGUGAAUCUAAAAAAGAAAAACCAACAUCAUCGAAUCUUAUCAAUUUUGAUGAUGAUAAAUGGGUUGUUGAUGAUGAUGCUGGAUGGGAAUCAAUCGAUACAAAAUAA